AUGUACGAAGGGAUUGACAACCUGAAAUCUCUUUACGACCGUGCCGGGAAGACUUUCUCCGGCGGUCCUUCUGCGGCACAGGAUGUGCCGCAUCGUACUGCUCGACCAGACCCAGUAUGUCAAUCAUCAGUUGGGAGCGGGGCUCCCAAGUAUCCCAGGACGAAGGAUAGCCGCGCCACCGGACGAGAUAACACGUCCGACGUCCGUUCACGUCGCGGUGGUUCAACAGAUGCUCAACCAGAUAGCGCUGGCCACCGCAAGAGUCCUCUAAUGGAGGUGGAGGAGGAGGGAAAACGCUCUCCGAACUAUCACGGGGAAGCGUGUAUCCCCGAGAGCCUCUUUGAUCGCGUAACGCUUGCGUAA